GGGAAUGUUGGUUCCUCAGCUUUGUGUCAGCAAUACAGCUUCACAAAGGUUCUCAUAGUAUCAAGUGUACAUCUGUUUUAACCCGUCUGCUCUAAUGGUCUGUAAGAAAUAGGUUUUAUUUUGAUUACCUGAGUUUUGUAAAAAAAAAAAAAAAAAGAAGUAUGGAUCAAGAUCCACAAAGCUCUGGAUCACAAAGCAAAAAUGUCUUUGGAUUAAAAGUGAAGAAGAAGAAGAAAAAGAAAGCUGACAAAGCUCUCGUCUUUGCAAACAAAGGUGCUCAAGAUGAGUCUGAGAUUAAAAGUGCUGCUGAAGAUACAGAACUUCAAGUCCCUGAAUGUGGCAGUGAGCCUGGCCCCUCAAACCCCCAUUUAUCUUUCCGAGAAGUUAUCAAUACUAAGAGAUCCAAGCUUGUAGCAAAGAUUUUGGAAAGUGAAAGCAAACCACAGAGUUUUCAGAUCUCAGUCAACAUCACAGAGGCCAGACAGCUCGUGGGUGAGAACAUUGACCCCAGUGUGGUGAUUGAAAUUGGAGAUGAAAAGAAACAGACAUCAGCAAAAGAAGGCACCAACGCACCCUUUUACAAUGAGUAUUUUGUUUUUGACUUCUUUGCACAUCAAGAGAUCUUUUUUGACAAAGUCAUUAAACUAUCAGUAAUACAUUCAAAGAUCAUGAAGAGCAUUUGUGUGGGGGUGUUUAAGAUUGAUGUUGGAACUGUCUAUAAUCAACCUGGUCAUCAGUUUACCAAUAAAUGGGCAGCUCUUAUGGAUCCCACAUGCGUCAACACAGAGGUCAAAGGUCAUUUGAAGUGCGACAUCUGUGUGUCAGGGAAAGGAGACGUGUUGGCCCGUUCUCAGAAGUUUUGUGACGGCGAAGAACAAAUAGAAAAGAACCCACUGUUGCCAGAAGGUUUCCCAUCUCUGCGCCCAUGGGCUUGCUAUUAUGUGAAAGUGUACAAAGCAGAAGGUCUUCCCAGAAUGAAUUCUAGCAUCAUGGCUAAUGUGACCAAGGCCUUUGUUAGUGACAACACAGCUCUUAUCGAUCCAUAUGUGGUGGUAUCGUUCUUUGGACAGGUGGGCCGGACCUCCACACAGAAGAGUACAGCAGACCCUGUAUGGAAUGAGCAGGUGGUAUUUAAAGAGAUGUUUCCUCCUUUAUGUCAGAGGCUCAAGAUCCAGGUACUGGAUGAGGGUAGCAUGAAUGAUGUAGCCAUUGGGACUCACUAUAUUGAUCUGCGCAGAAUCUCUAAUGACCAGGAUGGAGAUAAUGGGUUCCUCCCCACAUUUGGUCCAGCCUGGGUCAACAUCUAUGGGUCAGUCCGUAACUCCACACUUGUGGAUGAUAGUCAGGACAUGAAUGAGGGAAUAGGCGAAGGGGUGUCCUUUCGAGGAAGGAUUUACAUUCAGCUAACUGUGGAGAUCCUGUCUGGAGGGGCAGAGUCAAAAUCUCUUCUCUCUGUGAAGAUGCCUUUUAAAGAUGCUAAGGGUGGGAAAGCAGCAACGAAGGACCCCAAAGCUGCAUCAGGGGGGGCAGGUGGAGAAGAGGACAAAAGCAAGACUAUGGGAGCCAUGGUACUGCCUGUGGAGCCACCUGAAAUGAUCAAUAAUGAGGACAAAGAGGACUUCCUGCUGUUUGGUUCUGUGUUUGAAGCUUCUCUGAUUGACAGGAGGAUUGGUGACAAACUUAUCAGUUUUGAAUUCACUAUUGGAAACUUUGGCAAUUUUAUUGAUGGUGCUGCUCUGCCAACUUCCAAGAAAAAAGGAGAGAAAGGUCCUGAUCCUUUAAGCCAAGAAGCUGCCAUGACUACUCCUCUUCUAGAAGGUCAAUCAUCAAAGCCAUGCAAAUCCACCACUCCUCCAGAGAAGCCUCUUAUUGGAAGUGGAACCAGAAACUACUUCCAUUUACGCAUCUCACAUAAGAAACCAUGUGUCCAUGUGUGGAGCUCCUGGGAGAAUCGGACAUACCGCCUCCACCAUUCUAACAUGCUGGACAGGAUAGCCAUCAUGUUUGAAGAGGGAGUAGCCAAAGUGGCAGAACUGGACAAGCUGGUGGAUCCAUAUGCAGAGCCUACUAUGCAUGCUGUUUUACAAGAAUUUUGUAAGGAUGCCAGAGAGUUUAUCAGUUUUGCUGAAAAGAGGGUGAAAGGAACCCAUCUGACAAUGUUGGAUAAGAAGAGGCUCAUAUUAUGCAAACAAGAACUGGAGAGCAUGAUAGGAGUAGCUGGAACCAUCACUGAACCAAAGAGAAAAGUUUUAACGGUCAAAAAGAUGCUGAGAGAGGCACAGAAACUCAUUCAUCGACUCAGAUUCCUGGUGGAAGAGCCGCAGCACACCCUGCCAGAUGUAUUUGUGUGGAUGCUCAGUAAUAAUAAACGUGUAGCAUAUGCCCGCAUCCCUGCACGCCACCUGCUUUACUCCAAUAAACUGGUGGAAAAAGGGAGAGACUGUGGCAAGAUCAAAACUUUGUUCCUUAAGCCCCCAUCCAAGCGUGGAGCAGUUGGCUGGACACUGCAGGCUAAAGUGGAUGUGUACUUGUGGCUGGGCAACUGCGGAGAGAUGUCCCAUGCGCUGGAAAAUCUCCCAGAAGGCUUUAAGCCACAGAGUUUAUCAUCAGAGGAGGGUAGAGGCUCUCUUCCUGAGAGUUUAUUCUAUCAAGAACAUCAUAAUUUCCAACUGAGGGCUCAUAUGUACCAGGCUCGUGGGCUCAUUGCAGCAGACAACACAGGCCUGUCAGACCCCUUCGCCAGAGUAUCUUUCCUCUCCAACACUCAGUGCACAGCAGUAAUUGACCAGACCCUUACUCCAACUUGGAACCAGAUGUUGAUGAUAAAUGAGGUAUCUCUGUAUGGAGAUCUCAGCGAGAUAGUACAAGAGCCUCCUCUUAUUGUUAUUGAGGUCUAUGAUGAGGAUGCACUGGGUAAGCCAGAAUACCUUGGCUCCACUAUAGCUGUGCCAGAAGUCAAGCUCAAUGAGGAGCCAUACACACCACCUCAGCUGCGGUACAAUCCACUGUUUUAUGGUAGCAUGUCCGGUGGCGACAUACUUGGAGCUUUUGAACUGAUCCAGACAGGAAAGCAUCCUCUACCGGAGAUAGAAGAACCAGAGGGCCAGAUCUACCCCGUGCCUUCAUACAUCCGACCUGUGCUCUGCAAGUACAGAAUUGAAGUUCUGUUCUGGGGGUUGAGAGAACUGAAAAAGGUGCAGCUCCUUUAUGUGGAUCGGCCCCAGGUCUUCAUUGAGUGUGCAGGAAAAGAUCUUAACUCCUCUGUGAUACAGAGCUACAAGAGCAACCCAAACUUCACCGUGCUUGUGGACUCCUUUGAUGUGGAGUUGCCUGAGAAUGAGUACCUCCACCCUCCUCUCACAAUCACUGUGGUGGACUGGAGAGCCUUUGGCAGGAGCACUCUGGUGGGCAGCCAUGUCAUAAACAACCUGGGCCUGUUCAAAUACACGCCUCCACCUUUACCUCUUGCCAGACUCCAGCCACCCGAGCCAGCCAUCAUAGAGUCAGUACCACUUCCUGGACAAGAGGGCAUUGAAGCACAACCCAGUGAUGACAUAUGCAUAACUGUAGAGCAGGAGGAGAUUAGCAAACCUUCUCAUACGCCUAAGUCAGUGCCUCAGGACAAGAAGGACAGGGUCUCUCAGAAGAGCAAGCGAAGGUCUACAAAACGGAAGAAACGCACUGCUGCUGAUGAGUCCGCUGACAGUGUGAUUGACUGGUGGUCUAAGUACUACGCUUCAGUGGAGAAAAUCCAAAUUUCAAAACAAUGGGAUGCCAACCCAUUUUCAAACAUCUAUGAAGCUGUACCUCCUCUUCAGAACUUGCUCAGAGAUGGAGUAACCACUAUGGCUAAGGGAAUGAAGGAGAAGAAAAAGGAGGUGAACAUCAAGAGUGUGACCGAGCAGGUCAAAAUUGCGACCUUAACGAUAUAUGACAAAGAGCUGGAGGCAGAAUUUGGCCCUUUUGAUGACUGGGUCAAAACAUUUGAUCUGUUUCGUGGUAAGGCAAAUGAAGAAGAGAGCUCUGGUGCUGAGAGGUUUGUUGGGAAGCUCAAGGCUGGGUUUUGUCUGUAUAAGCUGCCUGAUGGUGAUCAGGAAGGGUGUUUGGACUCCGAAGAGUAUAAAAUAAGCCAGGGUAUUCCCCCUAACACCGCUGUAAAUGUCCUGAUCCGUGUGUACGUUGUUGCAGCCUCAAACCUCCAUCCGGCUGACCCUGAUGGAAAGGCAGACCCUUACAUUGUGCUGAAACUAGGAAAAACUGAAAUCAAGGACAGAGACAACUACAUCCCAAAACAACUCAACCCAGUCUUUGGCAGAUCUUUUGAAAUUCAAGCAUCUUUCCCCAAGGAAUCCUUACUGAGGAUUCUCAUCUAUGACUAUGAUGUUAUUGGUGGAGAUGAUUUGAUCGGAGAGACAGAUAUAGAUUUGGAGAACCGAUUUUAUAGCAGAUACCGAGCGACCUGUGGCCUCCCAACCGAAUACGCAAUUGAGGGUUACAAUGCCUGGAGAGAUGCCAUCAAACCGACUGAUUUGCUGAUUAAACUAUGCAAAGAAAACAGACUUGACAGCCCUCACUUCACUCCUGGUAGAAUCACCAUUGGAGACAAGGUUUACACUGGAAAAACAGUCUUUGUUGAUGAAGAUCAGGUAUUUGAGUCAUACGAACAUUUGGCACUGAAGGUGCUGCACAGGUGGGAAGAAAUGCCAGGUGUGGGUUGCAAACUGGUGCCAGAGCACAUCGAGACCCGCACCCUCUACCUAAAGGACAAGCCUGGCAUGGACCAGGGCCAGUUGCAGAUGUGGGUAGAUAUCUUUCCUAUGGACAUGCCUCAUCCUGGACCUCCUGUGGACAUUUCACCCCGCAAACCCAAAGGAUAUGAAUUGAGGAUCAUAAUCUGGAACACAGAUGAUGUCAUUUUGGAAGACAGCAAUUUCAUAACGGGCCAACAGUCGAGUGACAUCUAUGUUAAAGGAUGGCUGAAGGGCCUUGAAGAUGAUGCCCAGGAAACAGAUGUGCAUUACAACUCUCUAACUGGUGAGGGCAACUUCAACUGGCGCUUUGUGUUCCCCUUCCACUACCUUCCAGCUGAAAAACUGGUGGUGGUCAGCAAACGUGAGAACAUCUUUUCUCUAGACAAGACAGAGCAGAAGCUGCCUGCAGUCUUACUGCUACAGGUGUGGGACUUUGAGAGAUUGUCUUCUGAUGACUUCCUUGGCUCCGUAGAGUUGAACCUGCAUAAGUUUCCUCAUGGUGCCAAAACAGCAAAAAGCUGUAAGAUGGAAAUGCUAAAUAACCCCAGUGACUAUAUGUCCAUCUUCCAGCAGAAACGUGCCAAAGGCUGGUGGCCUUUUGUGAAGGCUGAAGAACUUACAGGAAAACUGGAAGCUGAAUUCCACUUGGUAACAGCUGAAGAAGCAGAGAAGAACCCUGUAGGUCGAGCACGCAAAGAGCCAGAACCACUAGAAAAACCCAAUCGACCAGACACAACCUUCUCUUGGUUUGUGAACCCCUUUAAGUGUUUCUUCCAUCUGAUCUGGAAGAACUAUAAGAAGUACAUCAUAGCUGCCCUGGUCCUGCUGAUCCUGACACUGUUUCUGGUCUUGCUGUUCUACACACUGCCAGGGGCGAUCAGUAACAGGAUCGUCAGUGGAUAAUCGAUCGCUAUUGGUAAUGAAGCAUUUGGAAUUGAACAGAAUUCUUGAUGGCACUGUUUGGGACGAGUAUUUAUACUGAUAAUCUCUCCUACUUACAAAACUAGAAAAAAAAUCUGAACUUUUAUUAUUAUUAUUAUUAUUAUUAUUAUUAUUAUUAGCCUUUAUUAAUACAAGGUGACUACAAUGAGUAGAUAGCAAAUGACAAUUUCCAUUAACUGUGUAAUUUCAGAGAUCCAUAUUUAGUCAGAAUCUAAAGUUAGAGUUGAUGUCACCAUUAAAAUAGAUGGACUAGCAAAAAGUAACUAAAUUUUAACAUGCUGUGUUUUUAUUAUAUGAUUUCUAUUACAUUUAUUCUUGUAUAGUUAUGCAAUAGCAAUAAAAUUUUGCUAAUGGCAGUGUAUAAGCUCACUUUCCGACACUGUUUUUAUGGCUCUAAAUGUUUUCACUAAAAACGUUAACUGGAAAAUCAGGUGUGGUGUUCGUCAAUUACUUAAGUAUCAACAAGCGAUAGUUAAGAAGUGAAGCAACUGAAAUGCUUUCAAUUAUAUAAGCUACAUCUCAGUAAGAUGCAUCCCUUACCUCACCAAUCAACCAUAACAUUAAAACCACUGAUGGUGAAGUGAAUAACAUUGAUUAUCUCAUUACACUGGCACCUGUGAAGGGGUAGAAUAUUUCAAGCAGCAAGUGAACAGUCGGUUCUCGAGGUUGAUGUGUUAGAAGCAGGAAAAAUGGGCAAGAUUAAGGAUCUGAGUGACUUUGACAAGGGCUAAAUUGUGAUGGCUAAACAACUGGGUCUGAGCAUGUCCAAAAUGGCAGGUCUUGUGGCGUGUUCCCGGUAUGCAGUGGUUAGAACCUACCAAAGUGUUCUAAGGAAGGACAACAAUCCUGGUAAACCAACAACAGGGUCAUGGGAGCCCAUGGCUCAUUGAUGCACGUGAGGAGUGAAGGCUAGUCUGUCUGGUCCGAUCCCACAGAAGAGCUACCAUAGCACAAACUGCUGAAAAAGUUAAUGCUUGCUAUGAGAGAGACAUGUCGGAACACACAGUGCAUCUCAGCUUGCUGCAUAUGGGGCUGCAUAAGUGCAGAUUGGUCAGAGUGCCCAUGCUGACCCCUGUCCAACACUGAACGUUCCUACAAUGGGCAUGUGAGCAUCAGAACUGAACCAGAUGAAUGGAUGAAAGUGGCCUGAUCUGAUUUUCUUUUACAUCAUGUAGAUAGCUGGCUGCGUAUGCAUUGCUUACUUUGGGUCCUGGCAUUCAUGUGGACAUUACUUUGACACAUGCCACCUACCUAAACAUUGCUGCAGACCAAGUACACCCAUUCAUGGCAACGGUAUUCCUUCAUGGCAGUGGCCUCUUUCAUCAACAUAAUGCGUCCUGCUACACUGCAGAAAUUGUUCAGGAACAUGACAGAGUUCAGUGUUGGCUUGGCCUUCAAAUUUCCCAGACCUCAAUUCAAUCGAGCAUCUGUGGGAUGUGCUGGACAAACAAGUCUGAUCCAUGGAGGCCCCACCUGACAACUUGCAGGACUUAAAGGAUCUGCUGCUAACCUCUUGGUGCCAGAUACAACAGCACACCUUCAGAGGCCUUGUAAAGCCUGUGCCUCGACAGGCCAGAGCUGUUUUAGCAGCAGGAUGAGGACCUACACACUAAUAGGCAGCUGGUUUUAAUGUUAUGGCUGAUCUUUGUACAUACACUUGUGUUCAAAAUAAUAGCAGUCCAACACGACUAACCAGAUCAGUCACUGUUUUUGAUGGAAAUUAUAUUACUACAUGGCAAAUAAUUUACCAGUAGGUGUAGUAGAGUCAUAGAAAACCAACAGACCCAACAUUCAUGAUAUGCAUACUCCUGAGUCUGUGUAAUCGAAUAAUUAAGUGAAAGGGACGUGUUCAAAAUAAUAGCAGUGUGGAGUUUAAUUAGUGAGAUCAUUCAUUCUGUGAAAAAACAGAUGUCAAUCAGGUGGCCCUAAUUUAAGGAUGAAGCCAGCACAUGUUGUACAUCCAUUUCUCUCUGAAAACCUGAGAAACAUGGGUCGUUCCAGACAUUGUUCAGAAGAACAGCAUGCUUUGAUUAAAACGUUGAUUGGAGAGGUAAAACGUAUACUGUAAAGAAGUGCAGAAAAUGAUAGGCUGCUCAGCUAAAAUGAUCUCCAGUGCUUUAAAAUGGACAGCAAAGCCAGAGAGACGUGGAAGAAAACAGAAGACUACCAUUCAAAUGGAUCGAAGAAUAGCCAGAAUGGCAAAGACUCAGCCAAUGAUCAGCUCCAGGGUGAUCAAAGACGGUCUGAAGUUACCUGUGAGUACUGUGACAAUUAGAAGAUGCCUGUGUGAAGCUAAUCUAUCGGCAAGAAGCCCCUGCAAAGUUCCACUGUUAAAAAAAAAAGACGUGCUGAAGAGGAUACAAUUUGCCAAAGAACACAUCGACUGGCCUAAAGAGAAAUGGAAAAACAUUUUGUGGACUGAUGAAAGUAAAAUUGUUCUUUUUGGGUCCAAGAGCCGCAGACGGUUUUUCAGACGACCCCCAAACACUGAAUUCAAGCCACAGUACACUCUGAAGACAGUGAAGCAUGGUGGUGCAAGCAUCAUGAUAUGGGAAUGUUUCUCUUACUAUGAUGUUGGGCCCAUUUAUCGCAUACCAGGGAUCAUGGAUCAGUUUGCAUAUAUCUAAAUACUUGAAGAGGUCAUGUUGCCUUAUGCUGAAGAGGAAAUGCCCUUGAAAUGGGUGUUUCAACAAGACAACGACCCCAAACACACCAGUAAGCGAGCAGCAUCAGGGUUCAAGACCAACAAAAUGAAAGUUAUGGAGUGGCCAGCCCAAUCCCCGGACCUUAAUCCGAUAGAAAACUUGUGGGGUGACAUCAAAAAUGCUGUUUCUGAGGCAAAACCAAGAAAUGCAGAGGAAUUGUGGAAUGUUGUCAAAUCAUCCUGGGCUGGAAUACCUGUUCACAGGUGCCAGAAGUUCUCAGAAACCGUGGUUAUACAACUAAAUAUUAGUUUAGUGAUUCACAGGAAUACUAAAUCCUUAAGAUUUUUUCAGUUUAUGCAGUAAAUAUUUGGAGUUUGUAAUGAAAAAUGCAGACACUGCUAUUUUUUUUGAACAGCCCAAUGUUCAUUUUUCUUCAUUUUCUGUAAAGUAAUUAAAAUAUUCAUACAUUUUUCUUCAUGUUUUGAUGUAGAAUAUAAUGUGCAGUGUUCCCAAUGCAUGGAAAUAAAAACUAUUAUAAGGAUUUUGAGCUUUACUCACGUUUUUAAACACACUGCUAUUAUUUUGAACACAACUGUACGUGUGUGUAUGUAAUUAUGUAUAUAUAUGAAUAUUAUAUGAACACGAGUGUUUUAUUGGGAAAUAGACCACCCGUAUUUUUCAUUCGAACUACAUUCAGGACAUCAAGAACAGCAACCAUGACACAUGAGGAAAUCAAUGAAUUGUUUUGAUAAAUUUGGGUACUUUUUGUUUAGGAAUGUGUCUACACAGGGUUCGACAUUAACGGUAGUCCGACUGUCCAGGACAAACAAAUGUUUGGUCUGGACAAGUCAAAUCCACAUCUGCCUGCCCGACGGGACAAGUUGAAUGUUUGUUGAAAAUCACCAUUUUUAUAAUAAUUAUUUAAGAGUUAUAUCAAUAAAGUUCCAACAAAACUAGUUCAGUCACCUCAGUGAUCCGCCAUGUUAUUGUUUAGGAAAUUCCGGGGAAGCCGAGUACAGCAGGUGCGUGUGUAGAAAAUAAAUAAAUAACCAUGCCGUAAUAUCUAAUUAUAGAUUAUUAGACUUUGAUUUCAUCAAAAUCAGAGAAAUGGUGAUCAAAUGCCUCAAUAAAAUAAAUAUCUGUGGUGAAUCAUUUCAUUCAGACUUUUUAUUGUAGUUUUCUUUUGUACGGUUCCAUCACAAAUGUCAUAAAAUAUUUCAGGGGAAUUUUACGAUGGUGCCGAACUCACUCAUGGUUUUUCAUUCACAAUGUGAUUCUGUCACCCUUAUCAUGUCCAAGUUGUUUUCUUUUGGUUUCAUUUCUUUAAAUUUAUUCUCCGUAAAGUUUUACUGGAUUCAUCAAGAUUUAACUUUAUUUCCUCCAGAAGCUUUGAAUUUGGGUGAGUUUAACUCUUAAAACUGCAGAUCAGGUAAUGGGUUAGAACAACACGCACCAUAAUGGGGGAUGGUUUUUGUUUAUUGUUACAGUUAAAGGAUUGAUUUUUAUUGAAAAAUUAUAAAUCAUUAAAGCACGAUUGUCAUAACUAUACCUGCUUUUUGAUAAAAUUUAACCACUUUCCUUUCAGUGAACUAGUGAAUACAUCGUAAUAAAAUCGUCAUGGUCAGGACUAGUGAAAAACUGGCUGCUUGUCCGACUGGACAAGUGGCUUAAAAUGUUAAUGUCGAGCCCUGCCAUGUAACAAAAAUAAAAUCAUACUGUGGUGCAAAGAUAUGAAGUUAUCUUCUUGUGUUGAAAAACUUGUAUUUUUCAUAUGAAAUACCUUGUAAAUCUGAGUGACAUAUUUUCCGAUUUUUCACUCUGACGACGUCACACCCAGUGUUUUCCAUCUGACUUGAGGUGCAUUGUCAAAAUGGCGAACGGGUUCACAAUAAAAAUUAUAUUGAUUAA